GCAUGCAGACCGGUGAUUGGCCGCUCGUAUCAUACGCCGCAAUAGACAGCCAUGUGCUGAUUGGCUCCUGCCGGGAAGAGGGCAUGGAAUCCCUGCGACCAAAAAACACACAUAAAAGGGACCGUGGAAAACGACAGAGGCAGACAAGCACCUACCUAUUACAAGAGAACUUUGAGCACUAUCAGAGACCUUCUGCUCGAAUCUGUACAGAAUUCUCAGACAAUCUACACUCAGUGUGCAAUUGCGCAGCUGUUUAUACCGACAGCAACUUCACCAGAAGACAGAAGAGUUUGACUGGUCUUGUGUUCUACUCUUCUACCUGUCUACUGACAGAGACUGUCCGUGACUGAACGGUCAGUUUAAAGACACUUUUAGAAGCACAUCGUCAUCCAGACAAAAAGCAGUAUCAUGUCUCUAGAGGUGAAGGAGAAGACCCAAGUGAGGUUGGUGUUCCUGGGGGCGGCCGGCGUGGGCAAGACGGCCCUGAUCCGCCGCUUCCUCCAGGACACCUUCGAGCCCAAGCACCGGCGCACCGUGGAGGAGAUGCACAGCAAGGAGUACGACAUCGGUGGCUCUAAGGUCACCGUGGAGAUCCUGGACACCAGCGGCAGCUACUCCUUCCCUGCCAUGCGCAAGCUCUCCAUCCAGAACAGCGACGCCUUUGCCCUGGUCUACGCGGUCGAUGACGCAGAGUCGCUGGAGGCCGUCAAGAGCCUCCGCGACGAGAUCCUGGAGGUCAAGGAGGACAAGUACACCCCGAUCGUGGUGGUGGGCAACAAGUCAGACCGAGCGGGAAGCGACCGGCAGGUGGCAGCUGACGACGUACUGUCAACGGUGGAGCUGGACUGGAACAACAGCUACGUGGAGACGUCGGCCAAGGAGAACAACAACGUGACGGAGGUGUUCAGGGAGCUGCUGCAGCAGACCAACCUGCCCUGUCGGCUGAGCCCUGCUCUGAGGCGCCGCAGGGAGACCUUCCCCAAAGGAGACCCCAAGGGCAUCCGGCCGCCCAUGAACAAGACCAACUCCUGCAUCAUCUCCUAAUAGGGCAGGUUGAAGGAGAAAGAGAGGGAAAGGGUGUGGGCUAGUACACCUGUUCAAGUGCUGCUGGACAAGAGGGAGAGGGAAACUUGACUAUGUAUGGGCUGAAAAGGUUGAGUUGAGGGACUGCCAGUGUGCUGAAACGUAACUCCCAAACACUCUUGAUUCCACGUCUGCCUCCCUUGUCCAAGCGAUGUGGUUGAUAUGGGAAGAGAAUGGGUGACAACGAAUGGUUAUGAAAGAGGACUUGGUCCAACUAAUGUAAACAUUGUAAGGUGGGGAGAUAAAGGUGAAAAGGUGACAAAGAUGUUCAACUGCUCAGUGGUUACUCAGUAAUUACUUAAUGUAAUGUGUUGCUGCUUAUUUGGUUAACAGGCUUCUGCUGUUUCAGUUUAGAUCAAUGUAUAGCUUUUGCAUUCAAAUGAUGCUAAUUUUGCAACGUGUGUUUGACAUUCACUUGCAAUAAGACAUUUGACUGUUGCAAACAUACAAUAAGAGUAUUUAUUGACUCAAAAGAAAGAUGUAUAUGCUGGGGUUUGUGCAAAGUCAAUGGUUGAUGUAAAACACCAUCUAUUCAGUUGGAAAUUCACGUGUAGCACAGCAUUAUUGUUUACAAAAGACUCGCUUGUAUUCACGUUUUUUUGGAUUGAUUUCCUAUUAAGCAUGACUUGAUUAAUGUGUGUAAAAAGUGGUGACAUGCAAAUGACUAUUACAUGCAAUUUUUUAUUUUAAACAUGUUUUUACAUUCUUACGUUUUUUUAUUCACGAUUUAUACAUUAAACUGCUUUACCAGUGUUCAUUUUAAGAUGGAAUGUUUACCCCAUAAAGCUAAAUAAAUAGUACACAAAUUUAAAAAA